AUGAGCACGGCAUCAGCAUCUGAAGCGAGCAACCCCAGACUAGCUCUGCGCGUUCUCGCCUUCCUGUUGUCGGUCAUCGGUAUCGCAAUCUACACCAGCGCAUACCACAACGGAGCUUGGAUAUAUGAUAUUAUUUUCGCCAUCCCAGCGUUGUACUCUUUGAUCAACGCCAUCCUUAUUUUAAUUAAACGCCCCAUCCAUCCCGGUUUCCACGUUGCUUUGGACCUGAUAUUCGCUGCUGCUCUUCUAUUCUUCGGUAUUCUUGGCAUUAUUGGGUACUCAGAAUACACAUAUUAUUAUGAUGUGAAGAAUAGAGCAAUCGCUACUCUUGCGAUCAUGGUUAUCACUGGACUCAUCCACUUUUCCCACUUCGUUUUAGCCUGUUGCGAUGUGCAUCUAAGACGCCACUCUGGUUACUCGGCGCGCUACAACCCAAAAAACGAAAUUGUCUAG